UACUCCUCUGGGACUAGAAGCUGUGUUGUGGGUGACCGUCUUCUCUGUGAACAGCCUGCAGGUUUUAGUCCUUUAACACACUUUGCUGAGAUGAAUGAGUUCUACAUCGCGAUUGAAGUAGUAAUUGCUGUUCUCUCCAUAUCCGGCAACAUACUGGUUUGCUGGGCUGUCGCGAUCAACACCACUUUAAAAAACGCCACCAACUAUUUUCUGGUGUCUCUGGCUGUGGCUGACAUUCUGGUCGGUUGCCUCGCCAUCCCGUUUGCCAUAACCAUCAGCAUCGGCAUAGAUCUGGACUUUUAUGGAUGCCUCUUUCUGGCAUGUUUUGUCUUGGUACUGACACAAAGCUCCAUCUUCAGCCUUCUUGCUAUUGCUAUCGAUAGAUAUCUGGCCGUCAAAAUUCCUCUGAGGUACAAGGAGUUGAUGACGGGAAAGACCGCCAGAGAGAUAAUUGCUAUUUUAUGGAUCCUCUCCUUUGUCAUUGGCCUCAUCCCCUUCUUUGGCUGGAACUUAAAGUACACCAGCUGCAAAAACAGCAGCUCUGCGGAGAACAACACUUUAAACCCUGGCCUCAUGGAGGGGCUGAGGGGCGGAGGAGACUUGCUACGGAGCUGCAAGCUCAAGUGCUUCUUUGAGAGUGUGGUAGACAUGCACUACAUGGUCUACUUUAAUUUCUUUGUGUGCGUGCUGCUGCCGCUGCUCAUCAUGCUGGGCAUCUACAUGAAGAUCUUCACUGUGGCCAGGAAACAGCUGAGACAGAUCGAGCUCAAAUGCGUGGGCAACGGGGACAGCCAUAACCACGGGCUGCUGCAGAAGGAGAUCCGGGCCGCCAAAUCCCUCUCCAUCAUAGUGGGACUGUUCGCCAUCUGCUGGCUGCCUGUCCACAUCCUCAACUGCCUCACGCUGUUUUACAGGGAGCUGGAUAAGCCGGCGGUUGUCAUGUAUGUGGCCAUAAUUCUGUCUCAUGCCAACUCCGCGGUCAACCCCAUCAUCUACGCUUACCGCAUCCAGGACUUCAGGAACACCUUCCGCAAGAUCCUGGCCCAACACGUCCUGUGCCGCAAGGAGGAGCUGUACCGUAGCUCCAACGGCAGUAGACGCAACAGAGACCAGAUCCACAUGACCGUCGACCCUCUGCUAUAGAGAGAGUCGUGACAGAGGCGGAGUAUUAUUUCUGUCAACUCUGUUGUUUCAGUCUUGAA